AUGCGCCCAAGCAUAUUCAAAGGUGCUCUAGCAUUUGCAUUUUCUUUUCCAAUAGCUACAUUAGUAUUACCUUGUAUUGCUGAAUUAGCUAUUGUUCUGCUUAAUAACAAUCAGAUCGACCCAGAACGUAUUGUUUUGUUAUUUGCCUUUGUACCAUUUACUUUCGAUGUAAUUCAAGUAUCAACAAUGGUCUCAUCGGAAUUAGGUGGAACAACAGCAGCGGCAAAACAUAUCAAUCAAUUAUUGGAACGAACUCCUUUAAUUGAUAAUAUGUCAACAGAUGGAAAAAAACUUGAGAACUUUUCUGGGAUGAUUCAAUUUGAUAAUAUUACUUUUUCUUAUCCUACACGUAAAUUAAUAAAUAUACUCAAUGGCUUUCAAUUAACAAUACAACCUGGUCAAAGUGUUGCACUCAUUGGUUCAAGUGGAUGUGGUAAAUCAACUGUAACUCAAUUACUCGAACGAUUUUACGAGUAUAAUAAAGGACGCGUGUUACUUGAUGGUCAUGAUAUACGAACUUUAAAUCUAUCAUGGUUGCGAGCACAAAUUGGUCUUAUUAGUCAAGAACCAGCUCUUAUGUUGGGUCUUACUAUUGGUGAAAAUAUAUCAUAUGGCUGUUCAUCACAUACAUUUACUUAUGAAGAUAUUAUAAAUGCAGCUAGACGAGCUCAUUGUCAUAAUUUUAUAGAAGCGUUACCAAUGGGUUAUGAUACACCUGUAGGAUUGAAUGGAACUUCAUUUUUAUCUGGAGGCCAAAAACAACGUAUUGCUAUUGCACGAGCUCUUUUUCGUAAUCCAAAAAUUUUAUUACUUGAUGAAGCAACGAAUGCGUUGGAUGUAUAUAAUGAAAGGCUUGUUGAAGAAUCGUUGAAUGCUGCACGGCAAGAUAAUCCAUCACGAACUGUUAUUAUUGUUGCACAUCGUCUUUCUACUAUUCAAUCAUGUGAUCUUAUUUGUGUUCUUGGUCCUAACGAACGAUUACUGGAAAGCGGUACACAUGCAGAACUAAUGGCAUAUGGCACUGCUUAUCGUAGAUUUGCAUUUGAUCAUAUGUGA